AUGGGUGAUACGAAUGGACAAGUGGUAGCUGGUGGCAAUGGUGAAGGAAAACGAUUGGAUCAAUUGAAUUGUCCAACCGAUCUGUUGAUUGACAAAGAGAUGGAUUGUCUCAUUAUUUGUGAUUACUGGAAUCGACGAGUCGUACGAUGGUCUCGUCGUAGAGGCACAAAUCAAGGAGAAAUCCUCAUUGACAACAUCAAAUGUGGAGGAUUAGCCAUGAAUGAUCAGAGAUAUAUCUACAUCUCUGACGUCGAAAAACAUGAAGUAAGACGAUUUGAAAUAGGAGACAAGAAUGGAACUCUCGUGGCUGGUGGUAAUGGCAAAGGUGCUGGUCUUAAUCAACUCAAUGUUCCGGGUUACAUCUUUGUCGAUCAACAACAGACUGUCUACGUGUCAGAUAGAGACAAUUAUCGUGUGAUGAAAUGGAAUAAAGGUGCAAAAGAAGGAAUUGUCGUCGCUGGAGGUCAAGGCGAAGGGAGUUCUCUGACACAAGUGUGGAGUCCUUACGGACUGUUCGUCGAUACGUUGGGUACCAUCUAUGUGGCAGACUUGGAAAAUAAUCGAGUGAUGCGUUGGCCUAAAGGAGCGAAACAAGGCACUGUCAUUGUCGGAGGCAAUGGUGAAGGAGAAGGAGCAAAUCAGUUGAAAUAUCCUGUCGGUUUCUCCUUCGAUCGACAAGGCAAUCUCUAUGUCGUCGAUACGAACAAUAAUCGUGUUCAACGAUUUUCAAUCGAAUGA